UAUGUUGGCCUAAAUCUUCUCGAAUGUAGAUCAGAAGAAAGGGAGAUUUACUUGAAAGCGGCAUUGAAGACUUUGAUUAGAUCUGGACAAUGAAUUGGACAAUGGAUAUUGAUUUUCAAAAUAAAUCUGCUUUGACUUAAAUAAAUGUGAAAUAUGUAUCAAUAAUCUCUGAUGUUUAAAAACGGAUUCAGAUAACUUUUUGGAAACGUUUACAGCAUUGUUUUUGAAAGAUGAAAAGAGCAGAAUGCCCAAAAGAAUUCAAAUUGAUGCACCAAGUGCUUUGUGUGACCUCUGUGGAUUUGAUGAGAAAAACUCUAUAUGGUUUUGUGGAACUUCACAUAUUACCACUAAAUCCAAAUAUCUCAAAGGUUAAAAUUAACAGCAGACAAUGCCAGGUGUACAGAGUUUGUGUCAAAGGACAUGGAUUUCCCAAAUGGUUGGAAGCAAGUUUUCAGCUUUCGGAUAAUGCAAAAAUGGUAUGCCAGGAAGGGAAAAAGCGCAAUCUUGAAUAUUUUUAUACAAACUGGCAAAACAUAGUGUCAUCUUCAGAGACAAAUGAGGGUGGUGGAGAGCUCACAGUGAAACUUCCAAAGGAAACGGCAUCAUUGGCUGCAGCUGGUAGAUUUAUUCGAAUCAGCAUCGAGUUUGUCCUUGCAAAUCCAAAAGGUGGCAUUCAGUUUGUUGUUCCUAGUGGAGAAGGAACCUUAGCUGAGAGAGGAGCUCAUGUCUAUAGCUAUAAAUACGGAAAUUCUGCCAGGUUGUGGUUUCCAUGCAUCGACUCCUAUAACGAUGUUUGUACUUGGAAAAUCGACUUUACAGUUGACAAGGAUUUCACCGCGGUUUCUGCUGGGGAACUUCAAGAUAAAGUUCUCUCGCCAGACGAGAAGAAAGUUACAUUUAGAUAUAUCAUCACUACACCGACAUCAGCUCCCAAUAUUGGUUUCGCCAUUGGGCCUUUCGAGACCUAUAUUGACCCGAACAUGACUGAAGUCACAAAUUUCUGCCUACCUGGUCUUCUACCCUUGUUGAGGAACUCUGUUUCAUUUCUAUCUGAGAUAUUCUACUUCUUUGAAGAGAAUCUCAACUCUCGAUACCCUUAUAAUUCUUAUAAACAAGUCUUCGUGGAUGAAACACCCCAUGAAGUGCAAUCGUAUGCCUCAAUGUCGGUUUUAAGCACUAAUCUACUUCACUCAAACCGAAUCAUAGAUCAGACAAUUCUCACGAGAAUUGCCCUGGCCCAAGCGCUUUCCGAGCAGUUUUUUGGCUGCUUUGUUGUCAUGGGAUCAUGGGUGGAUUACUGGCUGCCAUUAGGAAUAUCUCGCUACUUGUGUGGCCUGUUCAUUAAAAAAGUGUUUGGAAACAACGAGUAUCGUUAUUAUAUUUCGAAGGAAAUGGAAUCCCUAUGCGCUUUCGAGGUUGAAGGUCCUGGACUUCCCCCUAUAUACCCUGUGCCACUAGCAGCUGAUCCACGCCAGACUGCCGGAGAUGUAAAGCAGAAUCUACCAGAAGCAAAUGCAACUACUGGAAUAACCAAACAUCAUCCUCAUUUGGUGUCACCGAGGCAGAAUGAAAUGCUGAAGACCAAGGCACAUUUGGUCAUUAGAAUGAUCGAUGGGAGAAUUGGGCAAGAGCUGCUUUUGCAGGCUUUGAACAAAGCUUUGUCACUCGCAAGUACUGCUGCAUCUGCUAAUCACUCGGAGCACAUGACAUGGAACAAUUUGCUUAUAUCCACCACAGGGUUUUUGAAGACAAUUUCUUCAGUUUCUGGCAAAGACAUCAACAAUAUAAUGGACCAGUGGAUCUGUCAUUGUGGCAUCACCAAAUUCAUGGGUAGCUUCACAUUUAAUAGAAAGCGAAACAUAGUUGAACUGGAUAUCACUCAAGAAAUGGGGAAAGGAUUUCAGAAAUAUGUUGGUCCACUUGUAGUGUCAAUACAAGAACUCGACGGUUCAUUUACGCAUACAGUACAAGUUGAAGACAUUGUGAGUCAUCAUGAGCUUCCUUGUCACUCGAAAAGUCGAAGAAACAAGAAAAAGAAGAUUCCACUUGUAACCGGAGAAGAAGUUGACAUGGACCUCAGCCAGACCAUCGACUCUGAUUCCCCUGUGCUCUGGCUACGUAUCGACCCGGACAUGGCUUGGGUACGUCAGGUUGCAUUGGAGCAACCAGAUUACAUGUGGCAGUACGAACUAAGACAUGAAAGAGAUGUGACAUCACAAAUCGAAGCAGUAAAAGCCUUGCAAAAAUUUCCAAGCUCCCAUGCGAAGGCUGCUCUCCUUGAUAUAGUUAACCAACAGGAAUGCUUUCACAGAGUCAGAGCAAUGGCUUCAAGUAGCCUAGUCAAGAUUCUCUCAGAUGAGCCUGAAGUUUGGGAAGGCGAGGAUACUCUCAUUACUUGCUAUCAGAAGUUGUAUGGUUCUCAGAGCUGUCCCUCUCUUCCAAGAUUCAAUGAUUUUUCAAGUCUGAUCUCAUAUUUUGUGCAAAAGGAACUGUCUGUCAACAUUUCAAAAUAUCGAAAUUCGCAUUUCCAGUGCCCGAUGAAGAUACUCCAGUUUGUGUUAGAUCUUAUUAAAUACAACGACAAUCGAUAUAAUAAGUUUUCAGAUGGGUUCUACCGAAGUUGUUUGAUUGAUGCUCUUACUAAUGCAGUCACGUCAGCUGUAACCAUGGUAGCCACUGAUAAUGAUGGCAAACAAUUGAUCCCUGCUCAAGAAGAUGCACAGCUCAUACUUUCUGAAAUCGUCAAAAGUCUGAAUCUUGAGAAACUUUUGCCAACAUAUCGAUACGCUGUCACACAAAGCUGCUUGAAAACAAUAAGAUCCCUGCAAGUGAAUGGCCACAUUCCUGCUGAAUCAGCUAUUUUUACAGUUUAUGCAGAGUAUGGCCAGUUCAUAGAUGUAAGGAAAGUUGCCAUUGAAUGCUUGGUUGAUUUCGUCAGAGUUGAAUCGAGUGACCGAGAUCUCAAAUGGCUUCUUGACCUCGUAUCGAGAGAUAAAGUUCCUGAAGCAAAAUAUCACGUGCUGCGGUCGCUGCACCAAAAUCCACCAUUCACAAGGAAGUCAGAUUCACAUUUAAACUCUCUGUGGCUUGUUGAGCGUUUGUGGGAAAUUCUCAACAUCGAUAGUACCUUUGACUAUCAGCUCAGAUGUGAAACCAUGGAGCUCUACAGCUGUCUUUAUGGACGUGUCACCCCGCCGUGUGUACCAUCUCAGGGGUUUGGAGUCGUGAUCGACCUUAAAGAGAGAACAGCUACAUCUAAUAUGUCGCCGAAGCCACGUCCACAUUCACCAGCCGUGCAUUAUGGUUAUGACGAAGAAAAUAUUGCCAAAAAGACACUAAAACGAAAGUUUCCUUCAACGACAUCAUCUCCAUUGCCAGACUACGUUGACUCUAAACCAAACACGCCAAUGAACUCAGAAUUGAGUAUGACUGCUGGAAACAAGCUUAAGCUGAAGAUCAAGUUAGGGGGUGAUGAUGCAAGUGGGGCGGAAAGUGGUGCUGAAACACAGUCCCCGAUGCCAAGCCAUGAGCUGAUUGGCGCAACAGGACUAACAGAAGAACAGCUUGCUAGGAAGUUCAAAAAGAAAAAGAAGAAGAAGCACAAGCACAAGGAUAAAAAGGACAAAGAUUUUGAUUCGGAUAGACUCGGUAGAUUAAGUACGGAUGGAAGUGUACCCCCGUCACCUUUUGAUAACUUUAUGUAAAUGUCAACCUUAACACAAUCAAAGAAACAUCAUAUCUGAAUUGAGAAUCUGCCACCUUAAGGACCUGGAAAACCAAUAUUUGAAACGUUUUUCCUGCCUGUUGAUAACAUUAAACAUGAUUUUAAUCAUUUUGGCCCAAAUAGCAAUAGGUAGGCCUAACCUUGAUUCUAGUAAAGAUAGAUAGUGAAUAUUUCGAUAACCUGCUUUGUUUUUAUCCAACAUUUAUUGCUCCAAAACCAGGUUUUUUGUAUGAACAAUAUUUGAAGAGACUUGUCAAUCUAAAGUUUUAAAUUCUCUUAUUAUGAGUAAAAUACAUGGUCUUCUCAAAAUAAUCAUUUUUGGUGGAACCUUUUUACUUCGACAUCAAAUUAUGCUCUGCAACGCUAAGAACAACUAGCAAAUAGUUUGUCUACCUUGGUCAUAGCCGAUUUCUGCGUUAAGCAGUUUCGCGACCUUGAGACUCUAGGGCAGGCUUUAGACAUCCCAGAGUGUUUUAUUUUUUGAAAGAUCGCCAUUUUGUGAAAACAUGCAAGACGAUAUUAUGCAAUUGCACAUUUAUUAUACAAAAGUUUUACCUUCUAAAACCAAUACAUUUUUUCUUUAUGGGACCAGAAAAAACAAUAGAGUGGACAAGAUAAGUUUUUGGUGUUCCUAGAGUAGUGAAUUUUGACUUUCGAGGCUUUUGAGAUGUGAAAAAAAGCAAAACUACAGGCUUAAAAAUACUGUUUUUUUAACUGGAAAUUUUUAUCACCAAACACACUUUUUCAUAUUUGAAGAAACCAGAAACAGCUAUGGUAAUCUACCAGACUUGUUAUUGAUGACCUUUGGAUUGGGAAUUUCACCUAUAACGAGGUUGCCUAAAUUGUGAAAAAAUGCAAGACUAAAGGCUUGUCAAAUAGGUCUUUUUUCGAUUUGAAGUUUUCCUUCAAAAAUUACAUUUUUUAUAUUCUUUUAAAACCAAAAAGAACCAAAUGAAGAAAAGACCAACUUGGUUUUUAGUGUUCUUUGUGUGAAGAAUUCAAGCAUUUUUCGCAUAGAGAAAAGGCUUGCUUAAAAAGAAAACUUAUAAUUACGAACCAACUUGUUUGUAAUUCAUGGGACCAGAAAAUAAAUUAACAGUGGUCCAGACUGGUUAAGAAGCGACCUUUCAGUAGAGAAUUAAGUCCUUUUGAGGUUUCUAUUUUGAUGCAAAAAGCAAACCUUAGGAAUUAUCAAAUGUUUCAUUUUUAAAAUUGAGUAUUUUUAUUCCAAAACCAUUUUUAUUUUGAUAAUGAGGCGGAAAACAACCAAGGAAUAUACCAGAUUGGUCAUUGUUAAUCGUUGUGUAGAAAUGUUAAACUUUGUCAUCAGUUUCGUUGUAUAGAGAUCAUCAUUUUUUUGCAUUACAAUGCUAAACCAAUAGUAGUCAGGCCCUCCGACGAAAGGGGGCCGGGG